AUGAGCAGCGACGUACGCUAUGGCGUAGCCGACUCGGUAGGCUCGCUGCUCGCCGCGAUUGCUCAUUCCAUAUCGGAAGCGCUCCGUAUCAUGAGCUUCUCGGAUAAGCAGCUGUGGGGCAUGGACGAGCAUGAGCACCAGCGAGCCCUCGAAGACGUCCUCGACGAAGCCAGAAAGGACUUUCAGGAGAUGGGGCCACUUGUCAAUGGCGACAUGUACUACGAAAACGACCGGACCCGCGCAUUUCUCGUCUACCGCAAGCAGAGAGUGUGGUCGAGCAGACAGGUGGCAGGCGUCGAGGAGGGGGAGUACCAGAAGCGCUACCUUGAGGAGCUACGGACAUGCAACCGGAUAGGCACCUUCCAGAGAUUCGGAGAGGCGGACAUUGCGUUUGUGUGCGAUUACUGCGACGGCCACUUGCUGUGGGACGACCUCGAGAAGAUGCCCUCGGUGCGCACCGCGCAGGAGACUGCCCUGUGGCCGACGACGCCGAUAUCACCCUCCACCGGAGACCCGCAGUGGCAGGCCACGGGGUUCUCCCAUUCGAAGCACGAGGAGAAGCAAGUCGUCUUUGCGCCGGUCGCUAUUGCGAACCACACGAGCCCUCACCCAGGGGAUUGGCGCGCCCGGCUCAUGUGCCCCUUUUGCGAGGACGAGGCUGCCGUGCCCCGAGACAAAGAUGAUGAAGAGGACAGGUGGCGCCCCGAGGAGACCUUUGAUGACAUUGUGGCUUUUGAGGAGCAUCUCCUCUGGCAGCACACCACGCAAAAGUCGUCGAUAGCCUCGACGGACAACUGCGCAGUCAUGUAG